UAAAAAGAAAGUUUGUCGAAAAAUGUCUGUGAAAGUAUUGCUUUUCAACGUACACUUACGUUCACGAUUUCAAAGUAUCGGCGCGAGGUGGUACUGUGCGAAAAUAACUGCAGCCGACAAAGUCCUCGAGUCCGCCGAUGAAGAACCGCUCUACGUUGAAGAGGAAGCGGAUCCGGCGGAACUAAACAGGAAAAGAAACAAGUCGAGACUCUCGACCGCCCACAGAAACGUGCUGCUCGAACAGAGACCUUACGAUGAAUCCAUAGAAUGGUAUCACGAUACCGUCAAGUAUAAGAAACGAAUACUGGGUAGAUACGGAAUGAAAGCAUUGGGAGUACCCGCGGGACUCGCCUGGCCCACUCCUCAGGAAGUCGAAGAAGCGAAGGAGUAUGAAAACUUCAAAUAUCCUCGGUCGAUUCAAGAUAGAUUCGAAACGAUCAUGGAGCAGAAGAAAAAAGAGGAAGAGGCUACGAUGGCAAGGCAAGAACACAUAGCUGCCAAAAUGGCCAAUAUGGAACAACUGAUAAACGAUGUGCAAGCUAGAAUCGCUAAGAAACAAGAGCAAGAAUUGGAAGCUAAAUUAAGAAAGGAACGGAAGAUCGAGGAGAUCAGGCGCCAGUUGAUCGGGGAAGGUAUCCUGGGCAAGGAGAAACUGGCCGAGGCGUUAUCCCUGGCCGAGAAAGAGGAGAAGAAGAAAAAGAAGGAAGCUAAAAAGGCAAAGUUGUUGGAAAGGGAGAAGAAAUUGAUCGAACGAUUGACUGUAAAGCAACACGAACAACAGAAUACCGAAGAACCGGAAGGAAACGAGGCAGAGGCUAAAAAGGAAUAGGACGCGGUACAAAGAGAACGCGCGUUGCCUCGUAAAAUGGUCAUAAAGUCAAUAGAUGAAAUGGAGAAACGAUUUACACUUAUACAUCGUACGUUGAAUCUGAUAAUUUUCCUUUCUUCGUUUCCUUUCUGUUCACAAAUAACAACGACGACGUACAUACGUCUUAGUAAAUAUUGUAUUUUCUUUUGUAAAAUACAAAAAAACGUUGCACACUA